AUGAAGCCUUGUUUCUCCGCUCGCGGCCUGGGCGAGGCGCCCCUGCCCCACCACUUCCAGAACAGGCCGCAACCCUCCCGCAAGCCCACGGCCAAGCCUGCGCCUCAGGCUGUCACGGCGGCCCCGGUCGGCCGCCCACCAUCUCCCACGGGCGAUCCUAGCAGCAGCGGAGGAGGCGGGGGCUCCUUCAGCGGUGGCGGCGCAGGCAGCGGCGGCGGUGGGGGCGGCGGAGAUAGCCGCGCGCCUGCGCAGGUGCUUCCCUUUUGGAAGCAUGAGCUGUUCCAGGCCAUAGUCGUGGUGGCGGGCCUCGUCUUCGGCUACAUUCAUGUGUGGCAGCCAUCCCACGACCAUCGCAUCGCCACCUCGGCUUCGCUGGCCUCACUGCAGAAGGGCCAGAGUGUGCUGGAGAAGGGCCUGAGUGUGGUGGAGGCAGAUGUGAAGGAGAUCAAGGCGGGUCAGAGUGUGCUGGAGAUGGGCCAGAGUGUCAUGGAGAAGAGCCAGAGUGUGGUGGAGGCAGAUCUCAAGGACAUCAAGUCGGUGCUGCAGGCCAUGCAGCUGUCUCUUGCUGAGCAAAGGGGCGGCAGCAGCAGCAGCAGCCAGGCCGCCAUGCUUGACCGCCUGCUGCACUGCCGGCACCUGGUCCCAAAGGUGCUGGCUGAGCUGGCAGGCAGCGGCAGCACCGCCCUGCAGCUGCACGCCAUGACCGCCCUUUGCGCCUUCUUGCAGCGCCAGCAUGCUGCCGGCUGCACCAGGCAGACGGUCUGGGCCCUGCAUGGCGCCGUGGCGGCUCUGCCGGGGGCGCUGCACAGCGUGCAUGGGCUGAUGAGCAGUGGCAGCGGCGGCAGGCUGGAGGAGACUGACAUGCAGCGGCUGGAGGCGGCGGUGGCGGCGGCCAAGCUGCAGCAGGAGGCCACCGUCAAGCUCAAUUGUUCGGCCUUCAUGAAGCGACAGCCACCCCUGCCCUCAGCCAGCCUUAACAGGCCGCAACCCUCCCGCAAGCCCACGGCCAAGCCUGCGCCUCAGGCUGUCACGGCGGCCCCGGUCGGCCGCCCACCGUCGCCCACGGGCGAUCCUAGCAGCAGCGGAGGAGGCGGGGGCUCCUUCAGCGGUGGCGGCGCAGGCAGCGGCGGCGGUGGGGGCGGCGGAGAUAGCCGCGCGCCUGCGCAGGUGCUUCCCUUUUGGACGCAUGAACGGUUUCAGGCCAUAGUCGUGGUGGCGGGCCUCGUCUUCGGCUACAUUCAUGUGUGGCAGCCAUCCCACGACCAUCGCAUCGCCACCUCGGCUUCGCUGGCCUCACUGCAGAAGGGCCAGAGUGUGCUGGAGAAGGGCCUGAGUGUGGUGGAGGCAGAUGUGAAGGAGAUCAAGUCGGUGCUGCAGGCCAUGCAGCUGUCUGAUGCAGAGCAAAGGGGCAGCAGCAGCAGCAGCAGCAGCAGCCAGGCCGCCAUGCUUGACCGCCUGCUGCAGUGCUGUGGUGUCGGCGUCAUUGCGUACUUCUGCCGCACCCGCUGA